UUUUCAGUAUCGUUAACAAAUUAAUAGUUCUCUUUUUUUUUUUUUUUUUUUCUUAAAACGUAUUCAGUUUGAAUUUGAAAUUUGUUUGUUGUACUUGUUGUUUUAGUGAUGAAACAGUGAUAAAAUGGCUUUGUGGAAUAAUGUUUUAUCGGGUUUCGAUACGGAAGAUGAAACUAUUAAUUUUGGAACGAGAAUUGUCAUAGAAAGUAAAACAUCUAUUUACGAAACUGUCACACUUGCAACCGUACAAGCGGAUGGAGAAGUCAAAAAUAAACCAAACAUUCAAGGUUCUCUUCAAUGUACUAAACUGUGUAUAGCAAUUGAUAAAUCCAUUACAAUAUUUGAAGAUGAAACAUGCAUAAAUAUAUUAUUAAGUAUAGGUUUCGAUUCUUUAAUAACAUGUUAUUGUAUAUCAAGGAACGAAGAAUAUUUAUACGUUGUAUUGAAAAAUGGAAUGUUAUAUUGUUUACAUUUAUCAGAUAAUGGUGGGGUUAUUUUUUCUAUAAAUAUAUUUGAUCUUACAAAUGAUUAUUUUAAUAUUAUGAAAAUAUUUAUAGAGAAAGAAAAUAAUGAUUUAACUCAAGUUAUUCUUAUCAAUGGAAAAGGUGCUAUUUAUAGAAUUACUUUAUUUUCUGUUGAAAAAUUCAUUUCUACUGAUAUUGAAAAU